AUGGCGACUGAUGUGGCUUUUGACACGAGCAUGGGCUCGUUCACAGUAGAGCUCUACAAUGCGCAUGCGCCCAAGACGUGUAAGAACUUCGCGACGCUUGCGCAACGAGGCUACUAUAACAAUGUCAUCUUCCACCGCAUUAUCCCCAACUUCAUGGUACAAACCGGCGAUCCUACCGGCACUGGCAGAGGAGGAAGCUCAAUCUACGGCGAGAAAUUCGAGGAUGAGAUUAAUCCUAAUCUCAAGCAUACCGGUGCUGGAAUCCUGAGCAUGGCAAACAGUGGGCCCAACACCAACGGCAGUCAGUUCUUCAUUACGCUGGCCCCGACGCCGUGGUUGGAUGGAAAGCACACUAUUUUCGGCCGCGUCAAGAGCGGCAUGAGGGUGAUCCAGCGCAUGGGACUCGUCAAGACAAACUCGGAAGACCGGCCUAUGGAUGAGGUGAAGAUUCUCCGUGCCAGAGUCGUGGAGGAGACCGGGGAUGAGUGA